AAGAAAAAAAAACUCGAGCUAGCGGUAUGUUUGGCGAUAAAGAAAAGAACCCCUCUCUCAUUUGUGAUUUUGUGUCGGUUUAUAAUUGAAACCAGUCUUCAUUUUGUCAGGAAUUUGGGUUUUCGCUUCUCCCCGCAAUAGCAUAAAUAAAAAAAGAAGCGAUCAAUGGAGAAGGAGAAGAAGGAGAAGAAAGAGAAGGCAGAAACGGUGCCGAAAAACGACGGCAUGUGGCUUUUGAAAUCCAUUUUCUCUAAGAAGAGCAAUACCGAUGGGGAUGCUGAUUCCAAUGUCAAAAGCUCGCCUGACCAGAAUCCCCCAUUUCCCUUCCUCUCUGCUCACGCUAACGCUGUCGUCUCUCUUUGCUCCAAGACCCUUGGCAUAUCGACCAAUGCGUUACAAGAACAAUUCGAUUUGGAGUUACCUGAUAAUCUGAAGCAACCUGAUUCCCAUGCUAGGAACUUCCUGGAAUUCUGCUCGUAUAAAGCAUUGGGUCUGGCCAUCACACAACCUAAUUAUUUGAAUGACAAAGAAUUUCGCCGUCUAACAUUUGACAUGAUGAUUGCAUGGGAGGUUCCUGGUGUUGCUAGUGACCAGAUAGAUAAAGAAACUGCUUCUUGCAGCAGUCAGGAUGUGGAGGGUGAGGAUGGUUGGUCACUUUUUUAUUCCAACUCGACCAAAAUGGCUGUUGAGGUCGAUGACAAGAAAACUGUUGGGCCAGAGGCAUUUGCUCGCAUAGCUCCUGCUUGUCCAGUUAUUGCUGAUAUAACCACAGUACACAAUCUUUUCGAUGUUCUGACAAGUUCUUCAGGUCCCCGACUUCAUUUCCUAGUAUACGACAAGUACCUUCGGAGUCUUGAAAAGAUUAUAAAAUUUGUGCAAAAUGCAGUGGGACCACAAGUCAUUUCCAAUCUUUCACUUGCUGAGGAUGAAAUUAUUAUCGAUAUAGAUGGCACAGUUCCCACGCAACCAGUUUUGCAGCAUAUUGGGAUGUCUGCAUGGCCAGGGCGGUUGACAUUGACAAACCAUGCUCUUUACUUUGAGUCUGGCGUUGGGUUAUACGACAAAGCUGUGAGAUAUGAUUUGGCAAAAGAAAUGAAACAAGUUAUAAAGCCUGAAUUAACUGGGCCGUUGGGUGCUCGUCUCUUUGAUAAAGCCGUGAUGUACAAGUCAACAUCUAUAGCAGAGCCCGUCUAUUUGGAAUUUCCUGAAUUUAAAGGUUCAUCAAGGAGGGACUAUUGGUUGGAUAUCUGUCUAGAGAUUCACCGAGCUCACAAAUUCACCAGGAAGUAUAAUAUGAAAGGAAACCAGUUAUCGGAAGCACUUGCUCGGGCAAUUCUUGGAAUAUUUCGGUUCCGUGCAGUUAGAGAAGCUUUCCGUGUCUCCUCAUCUAAUUAUAAAACUCUGCUGUGUUUUAACUUGGCUGAGAGCCUUCCUGGGGGAGAUAUGAUAAUGCAAACCCUCUCCAGUCGACUGACACUCAUAAGUCCCACUGCUGGACAACAGGAGAUUCUAAGCUCUCCCAAUGCAAAUAGAAAACACGUAUUGCCAGCUGCACUGAUGACACUUAUUACACUCAAAAUUGUUCCAUCCAAAGAGGGAGAACUGAACGGUGAAGCAACAUAUCAGGGUGUGGAUGUUUGUGUCGGUGAAUCGAAUCCCUUAGAAGCUGUGGUGAAGCAGUUGAAACUGGAUACUGGAAUGGCUGAAGCAGCUCAAGCAACUGUUGAUCAAGUGAAAGUGGAAGGAAUUGAUACCAAUUUAGCUGUGAUGAAGGAGUUGCUUUUCCCUCUUAUCGAGACAUAUAACCGGCUGCAACGUUUGAUUUCAUGGGAUGAUCCCUUCAAAUCAACCAUGUUUGUGUUAUUUACCAGCUACUUGAUAUAUACGGAUUGGAUCAAGUACGCGUUACCGUCCAUUUUCGUGUUUUUGGCACUGGUCAUGCUCUGGCGCAGGUAUACAUGGAAUAAAAGGCAACUCGGAGCAUUCAAAAUUGUAGCUCCCCCUAGUAAGAAUGCAGUGGAGCAGCUGUUAACAUUACAAGAAGCUAUAACUCAAGCUGAAUCUCUCAUCCAAAGUGGCAACAUUAUUCUUCUGAAAACACGAGCACUUCUGUAUGCUGUUGCACCACAGGCGACAGUGAAGCUGAGUAUUGUGUUGGUUUUAACGGGAACAGUAAUUGCUGUUUUGCCCCUGAAGUAUCUAAUGUUAUUAGUGUUUGUGGAGAGUUUUACAAUGAACAUGCCCUUGAGAAAAGAAACCAGUGAAAGAGGGCUGCGACGAAUAAGAGAAUGGUGGGUCAGAAUACCGGCAGCUCCUGUUGAGCUUGUAAAGCCUGAUGACAAGAAACGGAAAUGACUCCAAAACAUAGGAAAAAAAAGGAGAGAAUAUUGUACUCGCAAAUCUGCACGCAUCUCAAACACUGUCUGUGAUUUGUUUUUUUUAUGUAAAUAUCACAUUUCUUAGCUCUCUUUAUGUUCUUCUUGUUAUGACUGGAAAUUGAUCAUACAUACAACGGCACUAUAUCGUUACUUUCGUGGCGGGUUUCAUAUGUACGCACGUGCCGAUGAAAGAAGCCUCUUUGAGUGGUUUUAUUAUAAGUUUGUUCUUGCUUAUUCAUCUUACUUCGGCAUGUUUAUUUGACCCCGGAGGCAAGAAUGCAUAAAGUUAA